GCCUGCCUUACACUGUUACCAUAGCGACUGCGCCUCCGGACGGCCGAUCCUGCUGCCUGGUCGACAUCCUUUAGCGUCGGCAGCGCCCGAGCCCAGGGUAGGAAACUAUGUAAAAGAAUCUUCUGAUGUCAUAAUUUCUGGGUGUCACUGGGACAUUUGGUCAUCAUUGCUUUGGCGACUUCAGGCUUUUGUGGACGGUCAGUAGGAGCGAUCAGUUUACUCACCUCUCAGGAAUCAGACUCGGCCUAUUUUGGUUUUCAGUGAAUUAUGCCUUUGCGGUUUGGAACCCAGCCACGGAGGUUUCCAGUGGAAGGAGGAGAUUCUACAAUUGGGCUGGAACCUGGACUGAGCUCCGGUGCUGCCUGUAACGGGAAAGAGAUAUCACCAACUAGGCAACUCCGAAGAUGCCAUGGAAGUCAUUGCCUGACAAUAACUGAUGUUCCCAUCAAUGUCUAUGCAACAAUGAGAAAGCUACCUGCACAAAGCAGCAAGGAAAUGCAUCCUAAAUAACAUCAUCGAGCCUUUUGUAGAGGCUGACUAGGUCAAGGGUCAUGGAGCAGUAGGGUCUUAUGAUCUGGUAAACAAAUAAAAGUGGUGGCACCUUUGGAUGAUGACAA